UCACACUCUGCCAAAGGCUAUUGCUUGAUUUCUGUGCUAGAGACGAUGAAAACUUAUUCAGCCGAGGAGGGCCUAACAGAGGAAGCCGUAGUCACUAAGCUGCGCAUAUGCCGUUAUCAUCAUCUGUACCUUCACAGUUCUUUGAGGAAUAAUUCUUCAGGGACAUCACGCUGGGGGGAAUUCGGCGAGGGAGGGCUCUUGUGGGGAGAGUGUAGUGGAAAGUCUUUUGACUGGUUUGAUGGCUCUCCUAUUGAGGAUCUUUUAUGCAAGCUUUCAUUUGUCAAGGUAAGAGAAAUAUAUGGCCUGGACGAGAAGACUAUUUUUCGCAACGUCACUAUCUCGUUGGAAGGGAGGCCUCAACCUUUGUAUCUCGGAACUGCUACUCAAAUUGGAGUGAUACCAACCGAGGGAAUUCCCAGUUUACCAAAAAUGCUACUCCCUCCAAACUGUGGCGGGCUUCCAUCAAUGUAUAUUAGAGAUCUUCUUCUUAAUCCUCCAUCUUUUGAUGUUGCGUCUGCAAUUCAAGAUGCUUGCAGGCUUAUAGGCAGCAUAAACUGUUCGAUUCCUGAAUUUACUUGCAUACCAUCAGCAAAGCUUGUGAAAUUACUCGAGUCAAAAGAGGUUAAUCACAUCGAAUUUUGUAGAAUAAAAAAUGUCCUUGACGAAAUUAUGUUAAUGAAUGGAAACGCUGAGCUUUCAGCUAUCCAGGAAAAAUUGCUUGAACCUGCUUCGGUGGUUACUGGUUUGAAAGUUGAUGCUGAUAUACUAAUUAAAGAAUGUAGACUUAUUUCACAACGUAUAGGUGAAGUGAUAUCUUUAGGUGGCGAAAUUGAUCAGGCAAUAACUUCAUCGGAGUAUAUUCCCAAGGAGUUCUUUAAUGAUAUGGAGUCAUCUUGGAAGGGGCGUGUGAAAAGGGUCCAUGCUGAAGAAGAGUUCGCGAAUGUUGAUGCGGCUGCUAAGGCAUUAUCAACUGCAGUCACUGAAGAUUUUCUGCCAGUUAUUGUAAGAGUAAAAUCUGUGAUGUCCUCGCAUGGAGGUUCCAAAGGGGAAAUCUCUUAUGCAAAAGAACAUGAAGCUGUUUGGUUUAAAGGGAGGCGAUUCACACCAAAUGUUUGGGCGGACACACCUGGUGAACAACAGAUAAAACAGCUAAAGCCUGCGAUUGAUUCAAAAGGUAGAAAAGUUGGGGAAGAAUGGUUUACAACAGCCAAAGUUGAGACUGCUUUAGCCAGGUAUCAUGAAGCUUGUGAUAGUGCAAAGGGUAAAGUUCUUGAGCUAUUGAGGGGUCUUUCAAGUGAAUUACAGGAGAAGAUCAAUAUCCUUGUCUUCUGCUCAACGCUGCUCAUCAUAACCAAAGCACUUUUUGGUCAUGUUAGUGAGGGUCUAAGAAGGGGCUGGGUGCUUCCUGCUAUAUAUCCCUUGUCAAAGGACUAUAGUGUGGAAGAAAGCUCAAGUGAAAUGGAUUUAUUAAAACUCUUUCCUUAUUGGCUUGAUGAUACUAAUCAAGGGAAUGCAAUACUGAAUGAUGUCAACAUGCGAUCUUUGUUUAUUCUGACUGGUCCAAAUGGUGGAGGUAAAUCCAGUAUGUUGCGAUCAGUCUGUGCGGCUGCAUUGCUUGGAAUAUGUGGCUUGAUGGUGCCAGCUGGUUCAGCUGUCAUCCCACACUUUGAUUCCAUCAUGCUGCAUAUGAAGGCCUAUGAUAGCCCAGCCGAUGGGAAAAGUUCGUUUCAGAUUGAAAUGUCAGAGAUACGAUCUUUAGUAACACGAGCUACUGGUAGGAGUCUUGUUCUCAUUGAUGAAAUAUGUAGGGGCACAGAAACUGCAAAAGGGACCUGUAUAGCUGGUAGCAUCAUUGAAAGACUUGAUGAUGUUGGCUGCCUAGGCAUCAUAUCAACCCAUUUGCAUGGCAUUUUUGACCUGCCUCUUUUACUCAACAACACCGAUUUCAAAGCUAUGGGAUCAGAAGUGGUCAAUGGGUGCAUUCAGCCAACAUGGAGACUUACUGAUGGUAUCUGUAGAGAAAGCCUUGCUUUUCAAACAGCCAGGAAGGAAGGUAUGCCUGACUUGAUUGUUAAAAGAGCAGAGGAACUAUAUUUGACUAUGAGCAGAAGCAACAGACAGACAUCAUCAACAGUCCACCAUGGGCCUUCCGUUGUCAACUCUAAUGUAAAUGGCUUGGUUGAUAUGCCUGGUGGUCUGGGAAAUGGACUCGAACUUAUGUCAGGUGCUUUUGCACUGCUGCAAAAGGAUGUCGAAAGCAUUGUUACUGCAAUAUGCAAGGAUAAACUGUUAGAUCUCUACAACAAAAGAAGCAUCUCAGAGCCGGUUGAGGUGGUUUGUGUUACUGUAGGUGCUAGACAGCAACCACCACCUUCAACCGUUGGCAGGUCCAGCAUCUAUAUCAUUAUCAGACGUGACAACAAGCUCUAUGUUGGACAGACGGAUGAUCUCUUGGGCCGUCUUCGUUCUCAUAGGUUGAAGGAAGGAAUGCAGGAUGCCACGAUAUUAUAUAUUGUGGUUCCUGGUAAGAGCGUUGCAUGCCAACUGGAGACUCUUCUCAUAAAUCAGCUGCCUUCGAAAGGUUUUAAGCUCACCAACAAGGCAGAUGGCAAACAUCGAAAUUUUGGUAUGCCUGUCAUCUCUGGAGAAGCCAUUGCUGCCCACUGAACCGGUCGACUGAACAUCCAGUUUAACCGGUCUCUUUUGGCUUAUGGGAGGCAGGAGCUAACCGUCACCAGGUCGUCCGCCCCAAAUUUUGUCUGACUGGUAGUAGCGCCCACCUAUGUUCAUAGUAGGGGUAAAUUUUGUUCCAAGUGUAAGGAUUACUAAUGCAAACAUUUUACAAUGUAAUACUCCCUCUA